AUGAGGGAAUUGUCGAUGAGUCGGAUUAAUGUAGUUAUAAAACAGAGAUUGGGUGAUGGUCGGGGUUUGGUUGGGUUGGCUCCGGUGUUACCUAAUACGUAUGAACGCGAUGCUGAUCGAGGUGUUUUCAGUGUUAAUCCGCGUAGCUUGGUGACAGCAGGCCCCCCGCAGUUGAUGACUGCUAGUUGGGCGAAUCUUAUUACAGAUGUGGGGCAAGUGUUUGAAGGUGGUGCGAAGGAUUUUUGGAAGGCGUUAUGUCUUUAUGCUAUUGAGAUGGGUUUUGAAUUUCGGUAUGUGAAGAACGAGCAUGUUAGGGUCACUGCAGUUUGUAAGGAUAGGGACGUGAAGGACUGUAUGUGGAGGAUUCAUGCAUCGAUUGAGCACGCAAAUGGUUUCUUUUAUAUUAGAAGAUAUGUGAAGCAUCACACCAGUGGUUCUGGAUUUGCUACAUCUAGUAAGAAGAGGUUGACGUCCGAUAUAAUUGCUGAGUUGGUGAUGUGCGAAGUCAGAUCUAAGCCCGGGUGGGUGGCCAACGAUGUGGUUGUCCAUGCGAAAUUGCAUUUUGGUAUUGAUAUCAGCUACUAUGUUGGUUGGAGAACUAUUCAGGCGUCUAAAGAAGACAUUUUUGGUGAUCACACAACAUCGUAUUCGUAUCUGCCGUCAUAUUUUGAUGAACUUGUCAGGACAAAUCCUGAAAGUGUAUACCAUCUUGAUAUCGAUCAAGCAACUAAUCGUUUUCGGCGAUGUUUUUUUGCUGUUGGUGCUUGUUUAAUGGGGUUUAAAUCAUGCUGGCCAGUGUUAUCUGUUGAUGGUACGUUCUUGAAGGGGAAACAUAGGGGUAUUUUGCUUGCUGCUGUUGGUAAGGAUGGUCAAAAUGAACGUACGUUGACAUUUGUGUCGGACCGUAACAGCGAUAUAUUGAAAGGAGUGAAGAAUAUAUAUCCAGGCUGUUUCCAUUCUUUCUGUGUUUAUCACGUCGAGAAUAAUCUUAUGAACAAGUUCCGUGGUAGUACGGCCACUUUUCGUAAGGCGAUAUCUUUCCAAUUUAAUGCGUGUGUUUACGCAGCUACCAGAGAAGAAUUUGAUCAGAAUAUGGAGCUCUUUAGGAAGAACGGUGGACCUAGGGUUGAUAACUUUUUAUGCAACUUACCUCCUGAAAAUUGGGCUCAUGCUUAUUUUGGUGGGAGGAGAUAUGGGCAGGUUGCGUCUAGUGGUGUAGAGUCGUGGAAUUCAAGCUUAUCUGAUGUUCGUGGAUUGCCGAUAACAAAUAUGAUUGAUGGCAUCAGAAGCAAAAUGAUGGUUGACAUGUGCUUUGCUAGUAAUAUUGCGUUGAAAUGGACAUCUGUGUUGUGCCAAAAAGUCCAAGAUAUGAUUGACGGGCUUGUUCAAGAUGCUAGAGUGAUCACUGCUCGUCAAGCAUCCGAUGACUUAUAUGAGGUGCUGAGCGAUCCGGUUGCUAUUGUCGACAUUCGUAGCAGGAGUUGCAGUUGUCGAAUGUGGCAGAUCAAUGGGUUGCCUUGUGUUCACGCGGUUUGUGUAUUAUUUAAGUACAAAAAGACUGGUGGUUAUGAUUAUUUUGACGAACAUUUUCGUACAGACUGUUAUAGAAGAGUGUAA